GACAACACAAAUUAGAAAUAUUUUUGUUUUGGUAGUUUUAAGAUUGCAGAAUUUUAGAAUAUUAAAAUUUUAAUAAUUAGCUUGAAGAGAAGAACUUCGAAUAUGGCAACGGAUCCGCUAUAUGGAUGGGAAUUAACGUACAAGUCGGUAGAAAAUAAUGUUAAAGAUAAAUCCGACAUAAUAAUAGCAUUUAUUCAUUUUAAUCUUUUAAAAAGAGGUUUUAGAUGCAUUGGAAUCGGUGAUGAGCUUUCUCUCUCUGGUGAUGAACAAAAAAGUGAGCUACUACCAACAGGUUGGAAUGAAGGAAAAAACUAUUCGCUCAGAUAUGUUUUGGAUGACAAACUAUUUGUCCUACAUGGCUUGAAGACUGAUGACAAUCUCAUUAUUAACUUAAUGAGAACUGGUGACUUGGAAGUUUCAAGUGUAGCCCUAAAUAUGAAUGAGCUCGUGCAAGACACUAGGGGAAGCAUUGAGAACUUAAUACCAACAUUCAAAGAUUUUAUGUACAAAAUAAAGAGAGACCUUAUUGAGUCUCUCACUGAGAAAACCACAAAUACAACAGAAACACAAACUACGAGAGGUACAGAAAGAAGAUCAUCAAAUCCUCCACCUGGACCCAGACUGCCUCAGGAGAAUCCACAUCCUCUUUGGGUACCAGGUUCAGGCAGAAACGUGGGCAGGGCUGACUUAGACCCGUUGGGCGUGGGCGGCGGGAUGCUGUUCGACCCAUUCCAGCCACGGCGAGACCUGGAGAACCCCGGACUUGGUAUCCCAGGGGGUCUGCCUAGGGGCGCCGUACCCCCUGGGGCCAGGUUCGACCCGUUCGGCCCCCCCGGCGCGGGCCCCUUCCCUGGCCGCAGACCCCCCCCAGACGCAGACCACUUCCCACCACCGGGCUUCAACGACAACCAGUUUCUGUGAACGUGUAAUACUGUUUAUUGUUAUAUUGUGUGAAGAAUAUAUUUGGUGUAAUAACUAUAUUGGUGUAAUAAAUAUAUUGUA